AUGGCUUCCUCUCCCGCCAGCCUCCGCUCCCUCUAUCGCUCUCUCCUCCGCGAACUCCCGCCCCGCCCCAUCCUCGCCUCUCCACGAACGCACAUCCACAACCGCAUCCGCUCCUCCUUCACCGAAAACUCAUCGGCCUCCUCUUCAGCCUCGACGCCGCACGAUGCCGAACACCAGGCCCAACUCGCCCGCCAGGCCGUCCACUAUCUGCGCGCCCAGCGCAUGUACGUCACUCUCGUCGAGCGAUAUAACCCCGGCAUGGAGAUGCCGCAGGACGAGCGCAUCCGCCUGACGGCCCGCAGGGUCGGGAUGGAUCUUCCUGCGGCUAAGAAGGAGGAGGCCUGA